UUAAAUAGUGCAUAAGAACAUAUUUAGAAGAAACACGUUUUGUCUUCAGGCAUUUUUCUUGAACCCCUACGCAACUUCCGUCAAGCUGUUUAAGGACCCCCAGGAUGUCCAUGCUUGCUGAGCCCCGCAGGAAACAGAAGUGGUCUGUUGACCCUAGGAACAGCGCCUGGAGCAAAGAUGAAACCAAGUUUGGCCAGAGGAUGCUGGAGCGAAUGGGCUGGUCCAAGGGCAAGGGUCUGGGCAGAAGUGAGCAAGGCUCCACUGACCACAUCAAAGUAAAAGUGAAAAACAACAAUCAUGGACUUGGAACCACUGCCAGCUAUGAGGAUAACUGGAUCGCCCACCAAGACGAUUUCAAUGAGCUUCUUGCUCAACUGAACAACCACCAUGGGCAAAACAGCAGCAACAACACCGAACCUCCACCAGAGGAGCAGAAAGGAUUCAGCUUGGAAGAGAAGUCCAAGACUUCCAGAAAGAGGGUCCAUUAUAUGAAGUUCACUAAAGGAAAGGAUCUGUCGUCCCGUACUGAAACAGACCUGAACUGUAUCUUUGGGAAAAGACCAAAAUCUGCCAAAGACCAGGAGCAGGACAGCAACAGCAGUGAUUCUCAGGGUGAGACGGAGGAGACUUGUACUCCUGCUACAACUGAACUGGAUACAGAGUCCAUCGCUAACACUGUGACAAGCACUCUCACUAUGCAGGAGUAUUUUGCACAGCGAAUGGCUCAGUUGAAGAAGGCUCGUGGACAGGCCCAGAGUACAGCACCCUCAGCGGAAGAAGAGGCCAAUGAGAAAUCAGGUCCAUCUGAGGAACCCAGUCCCAUCCACACCAGCAACGACGACUCUGAAGAGCCCAAAAAGAAAAAGAAAAAGAAGAAGAGCAAGAAGUCAUCGGAUGAGCUGGAAGUGGCAGAAGAGAACCAUAGCGCUCCCAUCGUAAUGGAGGACAAUGAGGACCAACAGCAAGAAGGUCUGGGGAAAAAGAAGAAAAAGAGGCGACUGGUCGAAAGUGAAGAAGCUACAACUGAGAAUUGUAGCUCCAUGUCUGGUAUGGAGCAGAACUGUGAGGAGCUGCCUCCGUCCAAGAAGAAGAAGAAGCAUAAAAAACACAGUGAGGACACUGAGCUACUAAAUGGACAUGUGCCAACAGAUGAUCAAAUUGUAGAAUCUGAGGUUGCUCACAAAAAGAAGAAAAAGAAAUGCACACAGGAGGUGGAUGAUGUAGAAAAAGAGGACAAGGAGGAGAAAAGAUCCAAAAAGAACAAGAAAAAGAAACGUCAGGAUUAAAGUGGAAUUAAUAGAAGUGGCCUCCAGUUUCACCAGUCCUUUAUGCUUCAGGGAGACUUGACUGUUAUCCUGUUUUGAACACGAUCAUGGGGCACACAUGUAUAGAGUCAUUGCAUUGAUAAGCAAAUCAAAUGUCUUGUGUCUAAUUAAAAUGUAAUAAUCUGGUCAUAAAGAACACUUUGCUACAGUGAGGUGAAAGGGAGGUAAGACAAAACCUUGAAGCUGCCCAGUAAAGCCACAGACCUGUACUGUUGUGCCACUGGGAUACACCAUUGUUACAGCAGAUGGUAAAAUGCCUUGACUUAAAGAGUUAGACAUUUUGGGAAAUGUGUAUUUUCUUUCUUGUUGAGAGUUAGACGAGAAGAUCAAUUGAAUUUUUUCUGUAGGGGAAAAAUGAGGUUAAGAAAUAGUUUGAUCUUCUUUUCCCAAAAUGCUGAACUACUCCCGAUCUGUCUCUACAUCUGGUUGUCUCCAUGAUGUCUAAAAUAUAUUAAUACAGACAUCAUAAGAUGUCAUCAUAAGAUACAUAAUUUUUUUUUUAAGAUUAUCCCUUUUUUUCCAUCAAAAAUGAGAUGUGACUAAUGUGCUGGCUUAUUGAAUAAAAAGAGCCAAAUUCCAAAAAAACACAAAACAUUUCAGGAAAAAGCAAAAACGAUUAAUUAAUUAUAGUAAACUAUUAAAACACAUUAAUUUCUUGCCAUCUUAUAUGAAUUAGCAUUACUAUUUAUUUAAACAAUAUUUCAAACAUGGCUUUUAUAUUCUUGCCAGCAAUUAGUUGUAUCCAUUUGUCCAGUUUUUCUAACGAUUUGAGAUCUUCUUGUGGAAUGAAACUCCAGGUUUUUCAUCAAAGUAAUCCAGAGAGAUGAGUAGUUUCUUUGUGACUUGCCAAUCAAUUUGGUGAUGUUUUGCUAAAAAUCUGGGAAACGUUGCCACUUUGACAUAAUAAUGAGCUGUAAGAAAUCUUUGGUGCUUUAACUGGAUCAAAUAACUUUUUAAAUAAACCCAUAUAGUCACGAA